GUUUAUGUAUGGCUUCAUGAUGAACAAUGGGAAAAAAUGGCAUGCAUGAAGUUGGGUUCCAAAUCAGAUGUGUUUCACUUGGAAGGCCAAAGUUGGAUUUGCACCACUGGCCUUCCUAGCGAUGUUCGUGUCGAAGUCGGAGAGACGUCCUUCCAUCUCCACAAGUUUCCUGUUCUAUCAAAGAGCAAAUUUCUUGAGAGAAUCAUCCAUGAUCAAGCGGACGACGUCGUGUCUCUCCACGAUCUACCCGGUGGAGCUGGCUCCUUCCUCCUCGUAGCCAAGUUCUGCUACGAUGUCAAGUUCGAGCUCACUGCAACCAACGUCGUUAGCCUCAGAUGCGCGGCCGAGCACCUCCAGAUGACCGAGGAUUACGGCCAGGGCAACCUCAUCUCUCAGACGGCCGCCUUCCUCGAGCAAGUCCUCAAUAAUUGGGAAUGCACCGUGCAAGCCCUCGAGACCUGCGAUGCUGCCCUGCCCUAUUCAGAGAAGCUCGGCAUUAUCACAAGCUGCAUCGACUCUCUCGCUGCCAAGGCCUGUGAGGAGGAGGAUAGGGGGGUCUGCGGGCCCCACCGCGCCCACCAAAGUCCCAUGUCGAAUGGGACAUACUCUGCUGCCUCCGAACCUUGCUCCCCGGUUAGGGACUGGUGGCACGAUGGCGUGGCCGUGCUCAGCCUCCCUAUUUUUAAAAUGUUAAUAGGUGCCGUCUCUAGCAAAGGGAUGUCGCCUACUAAGAUAGGCGGCGCUCUCAUGGUUUACGCGAAGAGGCAUCUCCCUUUGCGUGGGAGGUCGAGAUCAGGCAGCUUCUGCGAAAGGGAGCAUGAAUUGGCGCAUCCGUUGUCCGAGGAGGAGCAGGGGACUCUGGUGGAGGAGAUCGCGGAGAUGCUCCCUAGCCAGAAGGGGGCUUUGCCAGCCGGAUUCGUGCUAAAGCUUCUCGAGAUUGCUAUGAUGUUGGAUGCUAGCCCGGGGUGCAGGGAGAUGCUGGAGAGACGGGUUGGGGCGCAGUUGGAUCAGGCGUCGUUGCACGACCUUCUGAUCCCGAAUACUGUCCCCUUGGAGGAGACCAUCUACGAUGUCGAGUGUGUGCAGAGGAUUGUUGAUUACUUCUUGGAUACGGUCGGGGACGAGGAGUACGAGGGGGGCGAGGAGCAGUCGGUGGAAGGGUUCGACUUGCCCCCGGUCAUGAGUAUCGUUUCGAAUCUGUUGGAUGGAUACCUAGCCGAGGUUGCAAAUGAUGCUAACUUGAAGUUGGACGAUUUCGUGCUCCUUGCAGCUUCGCUCCCGGACUAUGCCAGGUUGUUGGAUGACGGGAUCUAUCGCGCCAUCGAUAUAUACCUUAAGGCACAUCCAUGGUUAACAGAGCAAGAGAGGGAUCUGGUGUGUAGGCUGAUGAACUGCCAGAAGCUAUCGAUCGAGGCAAGCACGAACGCAGCUCAGAACGAGAUGCUUCCGUUGAGGGUGACAAUGCAGGUUCUAUUCUUCGAGCAGCUCCGGCUGCGUUCCUACAUGGCUGGGUGGUUCGUGGUCUCAGACACACUCGGAGGAGGGAGCAAUGAGCGCCCCUCUGCAGUGAGCUCGGCGGGAGGGUCAGAUGUGGGACUUACACUGAACGAGGUGAGGGCACGGGUGUCCGGCCUCGAGAAGAAGUGUGAUAGCAUCAAACAUGAGAUAAGGAAGGUGACAAAAGGAAGAUGGAUGAACUUCUACAAGAGGUUUGGUUUGAAGGUUAGAACUAAGUCUUUUGAUCUCAAGGCUGAUGCUGCCAACAAGUCUCCUACCAAUCAAGAUUGAAUUUUUCAUGUUUCUUCUUCUUGUUUCUUCAUAGAAAUCAGAACAUAUAUGAACAGAAUAACAUUGCAGAUUCU